AAUUUGCCAUUAAUAUGGCUCAUUCAGAUAGCACUGGCUACGCACCUUUCUUUCUGAACAGUGGCUGAAUGCCUCGACCGAUGAUUUGGAAUGACCCUCCAAAGGAAGAGUACCCUGCUGUGCGAGUGUAUGCUCAGAAAAUGAAAAACACCAUUAUGGCUGCUCAUGAUAGUAUUCUUGCAGCUCGUGUGAAGCAGACCCGCGAUGUGAAUCGUCGCCGUCGUGCUUCUCCCUUUGAAAAGGGUGAUUUAGUGUAUUUAUCCACUAAAAAUCUAUCUCUACCUAAGGGAUUGGCGAGGAAGCUUGUACCGAAGUUCAUUGGGCCAUACCGGAUAACCGAGGACUUCAAGAACAAUUCCUAUCGGAUUGCAUUACCACCCAAUUUGAAAAGGCGAGGUAUCCACGAUGUCUUCCACUCUUCACUCCUACGAAUCCAUAUUCCGAAUGAUGACCGUCUCUUUCCGGGACGUCUUGACAGCCAGGUCAUGGAACUAGAGGAUCAAGAGGAAGAAUGGUCAGUAGACAAGAUUAUCUCUCAUACUGGUACAGGGAAGGACAGUACCUUUGAGGUGCUGUGGAAAUCCGGUGAUUGAAUGUGGGUCCCUUAUUCCACAAUCGCCCACCUGGAUGCUCUUACUGCUUACCUAGAGCUCUUGGGUGUCGAAUCAGCUGAAGAAAUUCCCAACAGAUCC